CAGUGUAUCGCUGAUACUCGAGUCAUGAAGAUGUAUAUGACGUGGGUUUUUCUCGUUACUUCUUCUGUCCUUGUUCAGGGACUACCGGUGCCAGAUAAGACGUUUCAGGAGAGGGCUCAGGAGGCUUUGGACGGUGUGAAAGAAAAGGCAGGAGAGGCUUGGGACUACGCGCAAGACGUCGCUAGUCGGGCCAUGGACUCGGCUAGGGAAACGGUGAGGGAAGCCUUGGGCACAGCUCAGGAGAGCUCCAAACAGGGUAUUGCCAGCGGACAGGAGUUGGUCGAGCAGGCCAAACUUUAUGUGCAGAAUAUGACAGCAGCUUCCAUCUUUGACGACAUGAUAUAACGGAUCAAUGUUCCGAGGAACAUUUUCUGAUUUCGGGCAUUUUUCGCACGUUUUUACGCGGAUGUUAAUUGUAAAAAAAUAAGUUUUUUGUGUUAGUUUUUGAGGAAUCAAUAGUGAUUCUUUUGUGGUUAAUAAUAAAUAUUUCAUGUUUUUGGAGUUUGCACAAAAAAAAUUAAAUU